AUGACUGCGAAAGCUGUCCCCGUGAGUCGUGUAGAAAUCGAAAAAGCCUUCACAGCCAUAUGCGAGCCCAAGAAUCAGGGUCUCGUUCGUCUCGAUCAAUUGAAGGUUUUUUAGAACUCCUUUUGUUUUUUGUUUUUUUUUUUCGAAAAUCGGGAAUAGCCGGAUUCAACUCAGCAAGGAUGGCGCACGGUUCAUUCUGCUUUUUUGCACUCUGGUGCGAAACUUGGCCACUUUGGGCAAAAUUUUUUUCGCAUUGCAUUGCGGUCUUUUCUUUUUCUCAUAGCACGCGUAUGGAAGCAAUUAUAUGUUGAACUUAUAUGUUUUGGGGCAUAGUUUGAUACCUAGAUUCAGAUUUUGAAGUCAAAAUUAGAAAAAACCGUAGAAAAGGCGAAAAAAUUCUGGAAAAUUAGUUUUUUCAGCGACGACCUUAUUUUUUUGUUUGUUCUUGAUCUAGCGAAGAGCAUUUAUCACUAAUUUUUGAAAGAAAAAGUUUUUAAAAAUCUUGAAGAAAAAAUAAUUACGGCAUCUUUUUGAAUAAAGCACCGAAACGACAAUAUUUUUACAACUUCACACCAAAAAUCAAUUCUCUCUGUUAAAAGAAGUUGAUUGGAACACAUUAAGAGAAAAAAUGGGAAAUUUAAAACAUAAACAAAGUUAUGCAAAUGAUUUCGAAAACAAGCAUAAAUACGCGCAAAAUUUAGCAAUUCACAUGCGGAUAGGAGAGUGGUAAGCCCGACGGCGGCCACUCAAUUUUAGAUAUCUUGACUAUUUCUCUACAUUUAACAACAACAAAAUCAAAAAACAAGUCGCGCACCGACGCGCAUAAAAUAUAAAACGACAUUUGUAUUUUUCUCGAACAGAAAGUGUGCAAUGUUACGGGCCCGUGAUGCGUUUUGCGUGUUCCAACGAAAAAUAAUUUUUAAUUUUCAAUACAAUAUUCAUUAUUUAUCGAAUUUAAAACGUUUAUUGUUGAAUAUUCUUUUUUCGAAAAAACUGGAAAACAUUUCACAGCUGUCGCGAAGGAGAUUUUGUCAAAGGAACGCUUAAAUAAUAUUCAUUAGUCCUGUUAUUGUUGACUAAAAUAAAAAGAUUGAAAAAAUGAUAAUUUUGUUUUAUUUUUCUUAAUUUGCAGUAUUCUGAUUUUUUUUUCCAAAUGUCAGGAAUGUUGUCGACCUAUUAAAACUAACAAAAGGAUAAAAUUUACACUUUCCUUCUUUUUUAAAGUUUUUUUCUUGUUGCAUUGCUCGGAGUAGGAUGAACUUGAAGUUUUCAGUUUCGUUUCAAGAACGUAUCCAUUUUAUAUGUUACAAAAACUAUUAGAACAUGAAUUGGAGAUUUUUUCAUAUUAAAUAAUCUUUGUUUGAUUUUUUACUGGUUCGAUUGGAAAACCUCAUUAAUUCUAUCGACUAGACUUUGAACUUUCAAUGGAUUUAUUGUUUUUAUAUGGUUCUUCAUAUGGCGAUUCCAUCGCGAAAUAUUAAAAUCACUAAAAAGUCUUAUUUCAUUAACAGAAUCGUGUUUCAAAAAAUUUUUUCAACAAAAUUUGUAAGCGCGCCCGAAAAAUUGCAUAGACUCCUCCCAUUUUCUCUCCUGCAGAGACACACGGUUCAGUGCUAUAGCUGAUUCACGGCCAGCUUGGGACACUGAGGGGGCGUGUCCUGUCUGCGCUCUCCACGAGCCAGGCGCCAUCACGGCGUUCCCAAACGGGGUGACGAGGCGUCAAACUUUCUGAAUUUACAAAAAAAAUUUAUUGCGCGCUACGGAUAAAAUGCACUGAGUAUCAAACGUUAAUAACUUGUUUUUUCGAUCGCCUUGGGCUGUGUACUGUAGAUUUCAAAUUUCACGCCAAAGUUUUUUUGAAGUCUCCCCACCCCGUUCGGGAACACCGUGGCUAUCUCGUGCAUUAUGUCAGGACUCUUUUUCCGAUGGCUCAAGCCAGCCGUGAGUCAGCUAUAAAAGCGUUCCCGAGAUACCCUCACUUUUGUCGAAUUUUCUCGGCGUUCAUUCAACUUGAUGCCAAGAUUUUUGGGAAUGUCUAUUUAGCUAACAUAAAACAUAAAAUUUAAACUUGUAUGACCAUUUUGAGAAAAUGGGUUGCGGUCCCUAUACACCAAGCGACACCAAAAAAGAACCAAAACUGCACGAUGCAGACUCCAGUUUCGCACCAGAGUGCAAAAAAGCAGGAUGCACCGUGCGCCAUCCGUGCUGAGUGCUGAGUCAGACUAUACGGAAAACUGUCGAAAAUUUCUUGUUUUUUAUUCGCAUUUAAAAUGCUCGUUUCGUCGAUUACAGCUCAUUCUGCGCGCCCUCGGCUUCGAUCCGAGAAACACUGAGGUCGAAGAAAUGACGAGGCGGAUUCGCGACGGUCGCAAAAACCUUCUAAGCUGGCAUGGAGGUGAUGACGUGUUAAGAGAUUUUCUUUUUGCCCAAUACUCUUUGAAAGUUUCUGCGUCGUUCAAAAUAACGAUGGAGAUUUCUCUUGUACAUUUUUAUAUAGUCGAUGUGCCAGAAGUUGAAAUUUCAUGGAACGACACUCCGCUGUUUCGAUUUGUGCGGUAGCGCGCAUCUUGCGAAUUGGCCAACCUCGGCCACGCUAAUUUUUGGUUUUCAUUCUAAUUUUGAUCGUUUUUUAAUUUUUUUGUUCCUUUAAAAUGUAUUAUUAUCGUUGAAAAAGGAUUUUUGUUGUACAAAUGUAAACGAAAGAACACAGUAAGUUUCAUGACCUUUCUAGAAAAAAGCGAUAAAAAAAAGUUUGAAAAACGUCAUGUAUUCGUCAAUCGCUUUAAUAUUGUUUUUCUCGUUUCUCAAAAAAGUUUUCAAAGGUUUACCAAAAAGAUUUGCGGGUGAAAUAGGCCAUAAACAACAUUCUAAAAAAUUUUCUGUGUUUUUUUUAAAGCCAUGUUUCAAUGUUUUCAUCGUUUUUUUUUCUGUUUGCAGUGGUUAAUGGAUUUUUUCAGAAAGUGAGUGCCUUAUAAAAUGAAGACGUAUACUUCCAUGAGCCCUAUGAAAUAGCGAGAUCGGUUUCAGUCAAAAUAAGGUUAAAUCGACUACUCUGUUUGUGUUAUUUCACUUUUUAUUGCCAUUGGACAUGAUUUUAUUGAGAGAAUCUGAACGAGAUUUCAAAGGUUGGCGAGAAAGGGAGAAGCUCAUCCAUAGAGCUAUCCGUCAGAAAUGGGGCAUGAACAGUAGAAACGAUGUGCUGAACGAAAUGUCCAGAAAACUAAUGAUUUUUCCUUUGAACUUAUGUAUCUGUUUUUUUUUGUACAAAUUCGUCAAUGUUGAGUUAUUCAGUUGUUUUUAAACAUUCAUUGUGUUUUAUUUCUGAUCGGGAUAUUUUUUACAUGAUUUGAAAUAUUACAAGUGAAAAUGGAAGAAUGUUGCAUGUCAGGGACGUUGAAAUCAAUAUUAUAAACGCAUUUUUUUCGCUUAAAGUUCGAAAAAUUAUUCAAUUUUAUAUGUUUCUAAUGAAACAGUCUAUCCACUAGCAAUGAUAAUCAUGAGUUUGGCACGAAGAAAACUAUUGAAACAUAAUUAAAAUAGUGAAAUUUUCAAAUGAAAGAAAAAAUGGAAAGCGCGACCGAAAUUCGCAAAGGCAAGUCGCUUUCACGACCACAGGCCACCAAGCGGAGUGUUGUUCCAUGAAAUUUCAAGUCGUGGCACAUCGACUAUAUCCACUUCUAGAAGAGGACUUUAUGGACGUCGACGAAUUGGCAGCAGUUCUACAAAAACCGGAUGGUGAAUCAGAAGACAAGGUUUUGUUUUCAGUCAAUUUCGCAACUAAUUUUUACCUGAAUGAUUUUUUUCCUUGUGUUGGAAUUGCGGAGAAUUGUUGAUGGUAGGAAGGAAUUUUGGGCAAAAUUUGAAUCUUUGCAAACUUGAAUCUUUGCAAAAUUUUAUUAUUUCCUCAAUUUUUUCUUGUUUUUUCAUUCAAUUUUUUGCGGAACGAAUACUCGAACUUAUCCUCAUCGCAAGAAUUCAACAAUCAAUCCACCCUGAUUGCUUUUAAGCGUCCUGAAACUUUUUUUUUCAUUGUUAAAAUGUUUUUCAGACUCUUAUAGACUGACUUCGCCCGAUUUCAUUCGAAGCGCAAAUUAAAUAGAACUUUUCCGCACGAGAUCACAACAAAAUGAAAAAUAAAUUAAUGAAAACAAAUAAGAAAUAACAAAAAUAAUGAAAAAAAUUUUCCGAAAAUUCAAAAUCUGUCAUCGGCGCGUCAUCGGUGGAGCGCAAUAUGUAAUCAACUGAAAUUUUGCCAACGGUGGGCAAAAUUUUCGCAGCUCGCUGUUCGCUGGCAAUUUUAUCGCUGGCAAUUUUUUCAUCAGCUCACUUUUCUUAGCUCGAUUUUCACAGCUCUUUUGACAUAUACCCCUUUUCCCAGGUCACUGCAGAAAUGCGAUCUGCUUUCAAACUGUUUGACCGGGAAGGCAAAGGAUACAUAACGAUGGAAAACCUGCAAGCAGUAUGUUUUUGACAAGUUUAUAAUCGUGAUUUGUGAGUUAUGAUCUCUUCUCACAUGAAAAAAAUUAUUUAUUCAAAAGUACAUACAUGAGAAUGAAAAAAAUUUGUUUUCUUUUUUUCUUUCUAUAUUUCUGUUUUCAGUGGGGCAGCGUCUCAAUCCUCUCAAAUGAUAACCGGAAACCUUGACCUUGAAAAUUCUAACUUUUGAGGAUUAAUAACUUUUCACAGACCUGGUCGGCAGUGAGACCAGAUUUAGAAACAGCUUGAAAAGCUAUAUCUAGAAAAAGAACCAUUUAUGUUUAAGAAACAUUCAUUUCACGUGAAUUAUGAUGAAUAUUUUUUAACGUAAAUGUGAAAAUGUUCUGUAUUCAGCUAUAAUGCACUUAGCGUAAAUGAGUUGUCUCGUCGAAGAAUAUUGAGAAUAACUGACAAGAUGAAGGCGGGCUAGCUACAUUGACGACCUCGCAAAAGUGCUGCUUAGUUCCGCGCCAUUUUCUAAUCCAGAGAAAAGUUGAGGGGCCCGUACAGGGGCUAACCAACUAGUUUAUGUGACGUCAUCGCGUACCCCCUUGAAAAAGUACGUACUCCCCUUGAAAAAAUACGCACUCCCCCGCGGGUAACUUUCGAUGACAAAUGACUAUUGAAGUUGAGAUAAAAAUUAAAUAGGACUAUUAUCUUGUUUCGCGCGUUUUUGAAAGUAUAUUCAGCUAGGUGUCAAUAUUCCAAAACAGAAAUCAUUCAACUGUUAGCUUACUCCUCCGUACACCCUCCCCCUCCCAAAUCCGAAAAAUAAAACUGUUUUUUUAAUGUUUCCCUACAUUAUGAAGUGUGUUUUAUGAUCUGGCCGAGUUUCAGGCCUUUUGGACAAAUUUUGCAUGCGAUUUACCUCAGAGGGUAUCGCGAUACCCUUUCUCGGUUCGUUUAUGUUUGAAAAUUUCUAGAAUGCGAGAUCGCGCCGCUCUCGUUCCAGCAGUUAUCUUUAGUAAAACAGACUUCAUAAAUAUUUCAAUUUCAUCACAAAACUCUUUCUUUUGAGGUGGCUAACGAGCUUGGCGAACAACUUCCCGUGGCCGAACUGAGAGAGAUGAUCGCUGAAGCGGGCGGCGACUCGUCGGCGCGAGUGGCCGAAUCGCAGUUUUUCGAAAUAAUGAAAAAGACUUGCUUGUAUUAA